AUGGGUGCCGCGGCUUUGGAGCACUGCAGGUGUCAUCGACAAGCGCGCUGGGUGCCGUUUGCACCUUCGCCGCCAGCGGGAUCCUGCAAGGGGGCUCAGCAGGUCUACUACAGCCAUGGCUCAGGCUUGGUCUAUGCUGGCAUUGGCAAGCAGGUGGCGCACAGUGCGGCCACAGGGCAGCCACGCGACACCUACGAAGGCCAUGUUGGUCCGGUGACUUGUCUGAUGGUGACUUUCUGUCCGCACCUCCAGUGCGAUGUCCUCCUCAGCGGAUCGGUGGACAGCACAGUCAAGUGCUGGGUGCUAGGUCAUCGCCAGCCGAGGACCUUUGUCGGACACACCGGAGCGGUUUGGGGUUUAGCAGCGAGCUCGACUUCCUUCUACAGCUGCUCAUCAGAUUGCACUAUCAGGCAGUGGUGCCGCAAAAGCUGCAAGGAACUGAUGGUUCUGCGAGGACAUGCCGGCCCUGUGCAGCAACUGCUGUUCUUGGAGGGCACGCUUUGCAGCGGUUCGGAGGAUGGCGUCCUCAAAGUCUGGGGAGAAAAUGGCCAGCUUCUGUGCAGCCUGGAAGAUCACGAGGAUGGAAUCACGUGCAUGCUUUGCGCGCUGUCGGAGGACAUCAUCACCGGUUCUCGGGAUUGCACCCUGAAGUGCUGGAACGUGAAGUCUGGCAAGCUGAUUGACACCAUGUACGGCCACACGGACUGGGUGACCUGCCUGCUGGAGGUGGAGGAUUCUUGGUGGUCGGGGUCCCGUGACACCACAAUCAAGCGUUGGCACCCGAUCACGCACCAACUCCUGACUACACUGCAGGGGCAUUGUUCCGGCAUCAGCAUCCUCUGUUACAUGUCGGAGUCGAUCCUUUCCGGGUCAGCCGACCGGACGAUCACCCAGUGGCAUCCGAAGUUUCAGACCCAGUUAGCCAGCAUUGAUGGCAUGGGUGGCGUCAGCAGCCUUGUUGAGGUCGCGACAGGUAUUUUCCGGCUGGCUGCUCGCGGGCCACCAAGGCUGCUGGCCAAGCCAAGGUGUCCGGACUCGGGAGCAGACUCCAAAUCGGAGCUCUACGAGUUAAGGUGCAGACCGUGGCCUUCGCAAUGGCCAAGGGCAGAAUUCAAUUUCGAUUCGGCUGCCUGCGGCGAGGCCUUCAAUGAGGGAACAUGCUGGAUCUCUCCAAAGAUAUUGGAAGAGCAAUUCUAA